GAUUUAUUUCGUGUUUGCGAUGUAUCGAUGUAUAAGCCAACGGAUUUUAAGGUCUUCAAAUUAUGAAAUGCAAUAGUUAAGUUAUUUGAAUAAGUAAUAACCUAUUCUGCGACAUAUAGAUGGUAGUAGAGAAGAUUGUUCCGAUUUUUCAGUCACAAAUGUAAAUGAUAUUGAAAAUUUGUAAGUUUUACAAUGGUAAGCUUUCCCUUGAUAAAACUGGGCGCAUUAGCUGUCAGGCAAAUAAGUAAACCCAUUGUCAGGGUCAUCAAGCAAACUGCCAAAACCAAUCAAACAUUUAAUACAUAUCUAGUCAGUACACCCGCCCAAAUCUACCAUUGGAUUGGGGUAAGAGCGAAAAUGCGUAUGCUAGGCAUGAAGCAACCAAAGUUUGUUCCACCAUUGAACAAAACUAUGGCUAUUGAAACAGGAAGUGAUCUACUCGGCGAGAUGAUCGUGUUCUCAGUAUGUGUAAGCUUGUUGUGUUUGGAGUUUUCGCGACAAGCUCGCAAUGAGAAGUUAAAGCAAGACAACCAUCGGGACCAGAACCAAAAACUGGAAAACGAGAUAGAAUUAUUAAAUGAUCGAGUUGUGAGCCAGACUUAUGAAAUUAAAAAUCUUAAAGCCAAGCUCAGGCAAUUAGGUAUUACUUCUUGGUAAACAAAAAGUUUAUUAUAUUAUCUUCGGAAAACAAAAGGGAUUUUUUUUUUCUGAUUUAAUCAUACAAUUUUGCGCCUUUUGUCAAACACGAUAACUCUGUAUUUAAAAGCCGUUCCAUAAAUUUCUGUUUACAAAA